UCAUCCACUGCUCCCGUUGCACGAAGGUUACACGCCACCCCCCUUAGCUACCAUGCCGCCCGCGCCCAAGUCCAAGAAGUGUUCUAAGAAGCAAACUGUCAAGUUUGUGAUCGACUGCUUCAUCCCCGUGGAGGACCGCGUCCUCGACCCCUCGUCCUUCGAGAAGUUCUUGCACGACCGCAUCAAGGUCAACGGCAAGGCCGGCCAGCUGGGCGAUGCCGUCACCAUCGCCAGGGAGAAGGCGCGCAUCACCGUGACCGCCCAGGCUCCGUUCUCGAAGCGCUACCUUAAGUACCUCACCAAAAAGUACCUCAAGAAGCAGCAGCUGCGAGACUACCUCCACGUGAUCGCCAGCAACAAAAACACCUACGAGCUGCGAUACUUCUCCAUCGUCAACGACCAGCAGGAGGCGGACGAGGAGUAGACAAGUGUAGUCGUUUCACUCUGUUGACGUUUCGUAAGUCUACAGCAGGGCUGGACUUAACCGGUUACGAUGCGAGUUCGAUUUGCAUCGAGCGGUUCUUGGUUUUGAACGUAGCUUUCGUGGCGACAACGGCGUUGGCUUGUCACUGGCAGUUGCUUUGCUUUGCGGCAUGGAGGGAGCAGUGGACAUACUCUUUCAACGGGAGUGUGGCCAUGAAAAUAUCAGUCAAUUGACUUGAAAUACGCGACCGACAGGACAAUGCUUGUGCUCGAAAACUGCUUGUGUCGUGCCCACGGUGUUCUUCUGUUUGCGGCGCUUGUGUCGCCCGACGCACAACUUCAUGGCAACGGUAUGACCCUUUUUGAGAUGAGUCAACCAGUGUCUGAUUGUACCGCCUGAAGUCGCAGACGGACUGUGGCGCACGACGAGAUUAUGGUUGCAUGCUGGUUUGCUGCAUGCCGUUCCUGCACUGGCGACUGACGCACGUUCUUGGUUUGACGGUGCCCUUUGCAAGUGUCUGUCGUCUAUGCGCGUAAACAGCGUCCGUGGUGCUCAUGAAAAAUAAUCACCAGUCGCGCGUUUGUUGUGGGUGGUGCCGACACCGAUCAUUCCCUGAACUUCAGCACAGGGAAUGUUUGACAAGCGGUUGGUGCCGACGGACAAAAAUUGAAAUCGGCC